UUAAAUGUGAUAUAUUUAUGAACACGGAAAACUGUACGCCAUGUUUGCAUCUGAAUAUAUAAGUGGAUGUUUCAUCAAAAACAUGGCUGAAAUAUACUGUGGUUCAGUAAAAUUUUAUGUACGCUGAGGGAACGAUCCGACGUUAAAUACAUAUGAAUUGAAAGCAGUAUGACUUCAAUCCACUUCGUUGUACAUCCUUUACCGGGAACCGACGACCAACUUAAUGAUAGGUAAGAACUUUCAUCCUCUCGAUAUGGAUAUAUAACACCGCCAGCUUUUAAUUCUCUCAAAACAAUAAUAAAGCGCAUCGUAGUUGGACCAACACAUAUCGCUCUUCUUACAGAGGACAAUAGAAUAGCUAGAGUUGCAUUUACAGUAUUACCAGAUAGAUUGGAUUUGAGUAAAAAUGAACCUAACAGAAAUACAAAUAAAAAUCAUGUUGGAAACUCUAAUUCUGCACCGAAUGGAAAUGGGAGUAGCGGAAGUGGUAGUAGAACAGGAAUGUCACGGUCACGCGCCCGGAUUAUGCGAAACAGUUCUGCGAUACGUGGAGGUAAUAGUGGUGGAGGAAGCAGCAGUGGUGGCCGUAUAGGGCCACCUGGAGUUAUUAUGGGAGGAGGAAGCGGUAGUAGUUCUCGUCCUAUUGCUUCUGUGCCAGCACCAUUUGUACCAGAAGAUCUUAUAUCUCAGGCACAAGUUGUAUUGCAGGGAAAAAGUCGUAACCUUAUUAUCAGAGAAUUACAGCGUACAAAUCUAGAUGUAAACUUAGCAGUAAACAAUCUUUUGUCACGAGAAGAUGAAGAAGGUGACGAUGCAGAGGAUGCAGCAGAUAGUUAUGUCCCAGAAGAUCUUAUAUCAUUAUUAGAUGGUGGCUUUAGUAAUGAACAUUCAGUUAUAAUUGAUGCUGACUCUAUGUUCUCCGAAGAUGUAUUUGGAUACACUGGAAUAAGGCAUCGCGGAAGUUCUUCGCGCCGUUUAGGUAAUGAUAGAGAAAAUGAGCGUUCAUCUCAUGAAAGAGAUCGAGAUCGUGACAGUUUUAGCAGAUGGCGAGAUCGUCAAUAUUAUGGACCACGUCGUUGGUUGGAGACCGCUCUUAAAGAUUCAUGGGAAAAAGAUUCAGGUAAUUUAUACAUAAAAGAAUUGGCUUCUCAGAGUCCACUAUGGAUAUCCGAAGAAUUAGAAUGGUGGCACGAUCGCAGUAACGAUCCAGUGCCUCGUUUUGUACAAAUCGCAUCGCUUUACAGUGAAUUAAUUGCUAUUUCUAUAUCGGGACAAUUAUAUCAAUGGAAAUGGACAGAAUCGGAACCAUAUAAAAAUGCAGAAAAUCCAAAUGUGCACCAUCCAAAAACCAUUUCUUUGGCAUUAAUAUCAGAAAAGAUAGUCAAUAUAUCUGCUACAGCAAUUCGAUGUUCCGUUAGUACAGAAAGUGGAAAAGUAGCAACUUGGCUUGAUGAGCUUUUAGGACAUGUAGCUUCCCGUCUUGAGCAUCCAGCACAAGCGUUUACUGAAUUCACAUUGGAUAAAAUUAUAUCACUUCAUACAUGUGCUUUAUAUACUGUUGCAAGACUUGAAAGUGGAACAUUAUAUUGGUGGGGUGUUUUACCCUUUGCACAGCGAAAGAAAUUAUGGGAGAAAUAUAAAGCUAAAUCACGCAAACAUAGGCCAUCUACUGUAUUAUCAAGUGACAUUAGUUAUGGAACACAUGUAUGCAUGAAAAAUAGUCCGGUUUACCAACCAGGAGCUAUUGGAUUUACGAUUGCUAAUGGUGUACCAAAAGUGGGGCAAUUGCUAUCUGCAGCAUGGAACGUUGAUGCUACUUGCAGAUUUAAGAUAUUACCUGCUGGUACACAUGUAUCUAAUACCAAUACUGAUAAACGCGAAUCUAAUGGAAAUGGAACUACAGGAGUUGUGAAUAAACCGAAUCACAAAGAAACAGCUGAUAGACUUGAUAUGCCGCCUCCGCCAUCUCCAGCUUCGAGUACUUGUAGUGAUACUGGCAGUAUUACAACAAGUCAUAAACGUGCAAAACGUAUGGCACCCCGAAAUGAAGGUGAAUCCGACAGAAAGGAUGAAGAAGAUUGGCAAUUAAAAGAUGUUGUUUUUAUUGAGGAUGUCAAGACUGUACCUAUUGGGAAAGUUAUAAAAGUUGAUGGUUGCUAUGUCGCAGUCAAAUUUUUUUCCAAAGAAAAAGAAAAAGAAAUUAAAGAGAAGGAUUUUAGUACAUCCGAUUUCAAAGAUUUUACAGCAGAAGAACCAAUGAAAUUAUUAGCGGACUGUAGACUUUUACGUAAAGAUGAAUUACAGGUAAUUAAAUCAUCGUUAAAUCCACGAGCUCCGGAUUGCUUUCAGAGAACGCCUAGAAGAGUCAACAUAGUGGAGAGUUCAAAUGAUAGUUUAUUAACUAUAUCUACUGACGGACAAGGUAUUCAUGCCAUAUUGAAAAGUGGAAAUAAAUUAAGUUAUGUUGUAUAUAAUCUAAGUACAGGAAGAUAUGUUCAAGAUUGUUAUAUUCCAUCUGAUAUUUCAUCAUUUUUGGGAUUGCAACCACAAAAUAUUAAUCUUACAAGUGCAGGAGAAAAUAUUGAAUGUUCCAUGAUUUUACGCGAUGGUAAUAAUACCAUUUAUCCAAUCGCAAAAGAUUGUGCUGAUGCCAUACGCGAUCCAAACUGGUUGGAUCUGGUUCCGGUAAAUUGCAUUGGCGCGGCAACUAUUCCCAUUUCUAGCUCUAAUUCGAUCAAUCUAAAAAAUCAAGUCGCUGUUAUCGCAUUAGCAUUUGACAAUCUUUUACUUAUGCCGCGUAUAUUGCGAUGUGAUUAUGAGAGUGUAAAGCAAAUAUUUUGUAAUUUGGAACAAGAUCUAAAAAACAAUUUAACAUAUUCAAGCGCUAAUUCACAAAUUCAAAUGAUAUUAAAGGAACGAUGCGAUGGCAAUCGAAAUAUACUUCAUGCUUGUGUUAACAUGUGUUCGCCAACAUCUAAUAAGGAAACUGAACAAGUUAUUGAACGUGAAUUAGUAUCAAAUACGGUAGAUGGUACCUCCGCACCUAUUGAAGAGCCAAUUCCGACAUUAAGUUGGCCUCCGGAAGCAUUUGAUAAUACAUCAGGAGAAGAGGACAGUUUAUUGAGCAUAGGUGCUGCUAGUAUAUCUAUGAUGAAUAAGUCUGCUGUUGGACCUGCUUCUAAUAAUACAUAUAUUAUAGAUUCCGUUGAAAGGCGACAUAAUGCAUUACUUAUAUUAAAAUAUAUGUGUGAAAAUAACAUCUUGGCGCCACACUUAAAAGAAUUAUUAACAGCAAAGGAUGCUCAAGGGCAAACUCCACUCAUGCUUGCUGUAUCGGUACGUGCGUAUCAUGCAGCUCUUAUUUUAUUGGAUACUAUUCAAAGAGUAGGCAAAGAUGCAAAAGAUACUUCAGCCAUGAUAUUACCAAUUGAUGCCAGCCCAGAUUUAUCUCCAUUGUUUGUUACUUGUUGCAAUGAUACAUGUAGUUUUACAUGGACUGGAGCAGAGCAUAUUAAUCAAGAUAUUUUCGAAUGCAGAACAUGCGGUUUAACGGGGUCUUUAUGCUGCUGCACUGAAUGCGCUCGUGUUUGUCACAGAGGCCAUGAUUGUAAGCUUAAAAGAACUUCGCCUACAGCAUACUGUGACUGUUGGGAAAAAUGUAAAUGUCGUGCUCUCAUUGCCGGACAUCAAGGGGCGAGAUACGACUUGCUAUGUCGUCUUGUAAACAGUACCGACCUCGCUACAAAAAUUAAUUCACGAGGUGAAAGCAUCUUGUUAUUUUUGGUGCAAACGGUUGGAAGGCAAUUAGUUGAACAACGUCAAUUUAGAUCAGCACCUAGACAACGAUCAACUUCGGCUAGUCGUAAAGCACCUUCAUCAGAUGGUUUGAGUGCAGAUUCAGACAUGCCAGAUCAUGAUUUAGAACCUCCUCGAUUUAGUCGGAAAGCGCUCGAAAGAUUAUUGAAUGAUUGGCCAGCCGUUCAAUGUAUGAUUAUGUCAGGCGUUUCUGAGAACGGUACUGAUCAAUUAUUUGGUGAUCAAGGGCAGUUGUGUCGACAAAGUGGCACUGCAUUAUUAGACAAAUUUACACAUUCCUUACUUGUUAAAUGUAGUGCCGAAAUGCUCGAUACAUUGCUCACCACUUUGAUCAGGGAAUUGCAAGAUGAGUCUGUACCUGGACGACAAGAAGAAGCGAAUAAUGUAGCGCGCCGAUUCGUGAGAUCUGUGGCACGCAUAUUCGUUAUUUUCACUAUAGAAAUGGCACCAAAUACAACUAAAAGGCGAAGCACAAGCCAAGCCUCACAGCCUUUAAUGAAAUGUCGAAAAGUUUUCCAAGCAUUAAUCAAAUUAGCUGUAGAAGAAUUAUGCGAAACGGCAGAUUCAUUGAUAGCACCAGUCAGAUUAGGCGUAGCACGUCCAACUGCGCCAUUCACACUAACGAGUUCUGCCAUUGAAGUAAUCAACGGCUCGGAAGAAUUAUUUUCUAUAGAGCCUCUAAUACCUCACAGUGGCGUAAGUUCGCAGACAUUGGAUGCAGCACUGCAAACGCAACAAGGAAAUAAUAAUAUAACAUUAUCAAGAGGGGACGUCUCUGCUGUAGAUGAAACAGAAGGUGGAGAAGAAGUACCUAUGGAUAUGGAUGGCGAUAUUAGUGAACACGAAGAAUCGGGAGUUUCUGGAACUGCCACCGGACAACCACUCGGCGAAGUUGACUCGAAUGCCGGUGGAGUAGGUGAAGAGCAAACGGGAGAUGGUGAAUCUGAUACAGAAUUGGAUCUUUUGGCAGAAGCUGAAACUGAAUCCGAUUCGGAUGAUAAUCAUAGUAAUCAAGAUGCAGCAUCAGCGCAACGUAGUGUGCAGACGGGUGCGACUGCAGGAUCUGACGGUGGAAUGGGAUCAAUAUUAUUAUUUCCUGAAGACGAAUCUGGAGAAUCAAGCCAACAAGAAGACGAUGAAAGCGAAGCAGGGGAAACGGAUGAACAAGAUAACGAAGAAUUCCAAAUCGGCGAUGAACAAUUGGAGCGCAGAAGUGGGUCCUCUGGCCAUUUGCAUCGUAAUAAUCUCGCGCCCGUAUAUAUGCAAUGGGCAAUACGUAAUCGUGAAUCGAAUACGCGUACGGCGGGAUUACGAGUAACGGGUGGAAGUAAUCUGGUGUUUAUCGAUCCCGCAUCUUUGAGACGUACUACUGCCACGUCGGCCGUCGCAACUGCUCAGGAACCUAUAACUAUGGGAACUACUGCUAGUUGCUUGGCACGAGCAUUCGGAAUCGUCAUUCGACAGAUUGCUGAUUUAUUGGUCAUGGUGCAAGAUUAUAAGAAUUUAGCACCUGCCUUACCACGUUUGAUGGAGAUCACUUUUCAAGAUGCUCUAAAUUUGCAGUCGUAUUUAGAAGCGCAUUUGAAGCCCACUUGGGAUUGGUUGCUCACCGUAAUGGACGCUACAGAAGCACAAUUGAGAUUUGGAGUAUCUCUGACGCGUAGCGCGGAUCCGACUCAUCCUGAACAUCCACUCAAUAAUGCUCCGUCUCUUUCAGGCGGUAAUUUUAGUGGUCUAUUAAAUACAGCCGCUCUUUCGCUGACUCUACAAGGAAAUACAAGUCGGAAUCCUCGUAGUGGUAUUACUACGAGCUCGAAUAUCUCCGCUCCUCAAGCUUCAACGCGACUCACCGUUGGUUUUGCAGGCGUUGGCGAGCCUCCAAGGAGCAGUAGAGAGCGUGAAGGUAGCGAUGCACACUCGGCGAGACGUGAAUUCUUGUCAUACUGUCUAUCUUUAAUGCGCGCCCACAAUAGCGAGCAUAGGGAUAGUUUGCCAGUUUUGGAUGUUUCUGCUUUAAGACAUGUUGCUUAUGUAUUCGAUGCACUUGUAUAUUACAUGCGUUCUCUUUCGGAACCACUCGCUUCCAGAGGCGACACUCAAAAAGAAUCAUCCAGUUAUUCCAGUUGGAACGAUCAGGAUGAGAAUGAUAAUGACGAAAGCGAGGAAUAUAAUUCGCCAGCACCAACUGCUAUGGAAACUGAUUCCGUAGAUUAUCCGGAUUUACUUCAGAUACCCAUAUGUGGAUCUGGAAAUAAUGGCAAUUCGAUACCGAAAGGAAGGAAACAUCCUUUCCUACAAAGAUCAGAUUCUACUUUGUGCCUUGGUUGCCCGCCUCUAGAUCCAUUCGACACCGUAAUGAGUGAAGCGUUACCAUUAGCUGAUCAACCACAUUUAUUGCAGCCGCACUCAAGACGCGAAGAUCUAUUUGGUAUACCAAGACAACCAACUUAUUCUAUUACAAGUGGAUCUAGUCAAAACCCUUUGGAAGGUUUACCAACAAGAUUAGGUCUCUCUACGCGAGGUAUGGAUGGUCAAAAAAACUUGACGACUCCAACAUUCAGUCAAGUUGUACAAGGACCACUUUCUAAUUCUAAUCUAGAAUCGAGAAGAAAUUCCGUUUCAACUGAUCUAAAUUCUAUCAAAUAUAUGGAAAAAUUAAAGCCGUCUAAUGUUAACGAAGGAUACUCUUCUCUUGUAACGGAACAAAUCAUCGAUAGAGCACCGAUUAUAGUAUCUACAAAUAAUCAAAGUGAUGCCUCGAGUACUAAAGGCAAAGAUAUAUGCAAAAAUAAUAGGAGCGUUAUAGUUAGAGCUGGAACAGUUUCGGAAUCAAACACGAAUAAGACUGGUGCGCCUGAAAUAUUAGUCAUUCCAACUGUUGAAAGCCAAAAUGUAUCCGAGGAAGUUGACCCAGCCGUCACAAGCCAUGAGAUAUCCGCUCAUGAAACCGUUGAAACAAGUCCAGUAGAAUCUGCCAGAGCAGUAUCAUCGAUUGGAACGAAUAUCUCUCAUAACAUUUUAUUAGGACGAUGGCGAUUAUCAUUGGACCUGUUUGGACGGGUUUUUAUGGAAGAUGUAGGUUUAGAAGCUGGAUCAGUAGUGUCCGAGUUAGGAGGAUUUCCUGUGAAGGAAGCUAAAUUUCGCCGAGACAUGGAAAAACUUAGAAAUUCCCAACAAAAAGAUAUCACCAUAAAGGUGGAACGAGAUAGAACACAGUUACUAGUACAGACGAUGAAGGAAUUAAAUACACAGUAUAAUAUAUAUAAUAGAAGAGCUUCAAACACUCCACCCUUGGCAGUGAAUCGGGUUAAAGUUUUUUUCAAAGAUGAACCUGGUGAAGGAGCUGGUGUUACUCGAAGCUUUUAUACUGCAAUUGCUGAAGCAUUGCUAGCAAAUGAGAAACUCCCGAAUCUUGAAGCAGCACAAGUGGGAUCAAAAUAUACGCAAUAUAAUGUUCUACAAAAACUGAAAAGUAGAGAUCGUGACCGUGAUCUUAGACGACAGAAUACACGUUCUUCUGGAAAAUGUCGUGAGACGCGUCGUCCUUUAUCCUUCGAUGCUCGCUCUUUUCAUCCCUCAAAUACGAUUGAAGGGAAUAAUAGUUCAGCACCUGGAAGUUCAUCUAGUACUCAUCCCUUGCCAAUUAACCAUUCGCCUAACGACCAUUUGUCUUUGCAUCAACAGCAACUUGGCGACAGAUUGUAUCCUAAGGUACAUGCUUUACGACCAGCGUUGGCUGAGAAAAUAACUGGCAUGUUGCUAGAAUUGUCACCAGCUCAGUUACUGAUGUUACUGGCUUCGGAAGACGCUCUUCGACAGAAAGUAGACGAAGCGUUUGAAUUGAUUCACAGUCAUACUCAAGAUUUGACUAGCGAAAUGUUAGAUCUCGAUGUAUUUAGCUUAACCGAACGCUGCGCAGUAAGCAAGAAAAAAAUGGAAAACAGCAUUUUAGACGAUACAGAGGACAACGCUCCACUUUUCUAUUCUCCUGGUAAACGCGGUUUUUAUACACCGAGACAAGGUAGAGGUAGCUACGAACGGUUAAAUGCAUUCAGAAAUGUAGGCAGACUCAUAGGACUAUGUCUUUUACAAAACGAGCUUUGUCCGCUAUUUUUGAACCGCCAUGUAAUCAAAUAUAUACUAGGAAGGCCUAUACGUUUUCACGACCUUGCAUUUUUUGAUUCCGUUAUUUACGAGAGCUUGCGACAAUUGGUUAUCGAUGCUGAAACGAAAGAUAGUAACAGUUUAUUCUCUGCGUUGGAUCUUACAUUCAGUAUUGAUUUAUGUCCUGAAGAAGGAGGUGGUUCAAUUGAACUUGUACCUAACGGUCGUGAUGUGGAAGUGACUGCGAGUAACGUAUAUGAUUAUGUACGUAAAUAUGCAGAAAUUCGUAUGAUCAAAGUGCAAGAAAAAGCUUUGCAUUCUAUGCGCGAAGGAGUUUUCGAUGUCCUCCCAGAAGGAGCGCUCGAUGGUUUAACUUCGGAAGACUUGAGACUUCUUCUAAAUGGAGUUGGUGAUAUCAACGUAUCAGUUUUAAUAUCAUAUACGUCAUUUAACGAUGAAUCUGGUGAAUCGACAGAGAGAUUGGUCAAAUUUAAGCGCUGGUUAUGGUCUAUCGUUGAGAAAAUGUCACACGUGGAAAGGCAAGAUUUGGUAUAUUUCUGGACUGGCUCUCCUGCGCUACCAGCAAGCGAAGAUGGUUUUCAACCGAUGCCGACCGUGACAAUUCGGCCGGCGGAUGACGCGCAUCUACCAACUGCAAAUACAUGUAUUUCCCGACUAUACGUUCCACUGUACAGCUCCCGUCAUGUUUUGCGACACAAACUACUUCUCGCUAUUAAAUCAAAGAAUUUCGGGUUUGUAUGAACUUAAUUUUGUGACUGUGCUUGUACAUAUACAAGACUGAGUCACAUUGAUAAUACAAAAUCCGAAAUUGUAUGUUGUUAUUUUUUUUUUCCUUUAGAAAAAAAUUUUUAACAUUUAUAAAUUUAUAAGAUGUAAUUAUGGAUUAUGAUUUUCUUGUUCCUGAAAAAAAUUUUUGAUCUUUGUAAAGCUUUAUGUUAUAUAAAACGUCACAUUUAAUCCUCUCUUUUUUCCAUCUCCCCCUCCCUGCUUCUCUUUUCAUCUCUUUCUUUCUUUUUUCUCUAUAACGACAAAUAAAAUUUUUAAAA